CGCAACCUCCCCGCGCCCGCCCGGUCUUCUCUUCCUCCUGCUGGGAAAGGAGGGGCCGAGCGCGGGUGGCGCGCAUGCCCGCCUGAACCCGGAAGCCGUCACGGUCCCCCUUUUCGCCCUGCGUCCCUCUCCGACUUGGCGCCGCCGUCGAGCAGUCUCCUCCAUGGCUUCCAUCGUUCCCCAGACAGCUUCCCCAGGCUCAGAGGUCUUUGUCACUCGCCAGGGCGCUUUCGUGGUCCGCUCAGAUUUGGGUUAUUUCCUUCAAACACUUGACUUCUGCUCAGGACAAGAUCUCAAAAUAAAGCCCCUCCACCCUGCCUGCCGUGGAAAGGACCACUAUGUGGGAGACCCCAGCAGUUCAACCAUCUAUCUUCUCCAUGGGGACUCCUUCUGCCAAGUGACAGAUCUGAACUCUGAACCCCCCUCGGAUGUCUUCCCCUUGCACCCCAGCUGCCGUGGAGCAGACCAGUAUGCAUUCUGCGAGGGAUAUUUUUUCAUCUUCUUCCUGUCGCGAGGGGUGGUCCUUUGUGUGGCUGAUCUGGCCACUGGGGCUUUGAUUAAGGAGAUCCACUUGGAACCCACCCUUCUCAAUGGGCUAUACUAUUUCGGCGCAGAUGCUGAACAUCUGGCUUGCUUCAGGAUGGACGAGGAGCAACGGCUUUGCGGCACCUGUUUUGCCACCACCACAGGACACAAGGAGUCCUUUGCGAUCCACCCAGACGUGGUCUCAUUCCUCCCAGGUGGACUGUCCCUCAUCUACGGAGCUGCCUUUGGUCAGUGGCAGUGCCUCAAACUCCUCUCCAACGCAACUGACCUGCCCAUGCCCAGCAGCUAUGCAAUAUCCCGCAAGGUUGGCUAUUCUCAGUUGGAACUUGGGCUAAAAGCUCACGUCGACGAAUCAGUGAGUCCAGAGUCCCUUACAGUCUCCCUUCUCCAGCGCCAGUUUGCCCUCCCUGCAGUUUAUGGAGGGCUGGGACUUCAGACCGAGCAAGAAGAAUGGGAAGAAGCAGCGGAGGAAGAAGAACCUCUCCGGGUGAUCCUACAGCCCAGGCAAAAGCUUUACUGGUGGCAUUACUGUCUGGGGUUGGGUAAGACACCCGUCUUGUAUUGCCGGUCACUGAAAAUCACCCGCAAUCCUUCACCCCCUACAAACAUACCUUUGCCACCAGCUGAGGGUUGAAGUCGGACUUCAGGACGGAAGCUUUUCACAAGGCUAGGAAGAAGUAAAUAAAUGCAUAUAUUUAUGUA